AUGAACAGGUCGAGAUCUUCCCUCUUUUUCACCUGCUGGGCGAUUGCUAACCUUUUCAUUUUAGUUGUCCUACGGUUCUCCAUAAAGUAUCAUUGGUUCAUUUCUAGUGAUUUUUCCCAUGGAAAUAAGAACUUUUCCAACGUGUCUCGAGAUCAAUAUCCCUACCAUCAUGUCAUUGAGCAGCUUGAGUGGAUAUCGGCUUUUGCGCAAAAUGAGAGCGAUUUAUCAAUUGUCCAACCGCCAAAGAUUUACUAUGACAGACGUCUAUUGUAUCACGUCACCGAAUCCUACGGAUGUCGUUAUAAAUGCAACUUUACCGAUCACCUUCAAGAUUUCAGGGUAGGCGACAUCGCGGUCUUUUCAGCGUCGUUCCGCAAUGAAGAUGCAGAACGCUUAAAGCGAAAUGGUGCUCUUAUUGCCUUCGAGUCAGUCGAGAGUCCUGUACAUAUGAGACAAUUAACUGAAAUCCAAGGGGGGCAAGUGGAUAUGUUCAUUACCUACAUGCCAUGGUCACAAGUGCCCUACAUGUACCCAAUGUUUUUGCGGAAAACGAAUCGCGGAAUGAGGUUUACCAACAGUGAAGUAUCCGCAAUCCUGGCCAAAAACAGUACCCAUCUACUGCCUUCGCAUCACAGGAAUGGGAAGAAGUUAAUCGCCUGGUUGGCUUCCAACGGAAGCCCAAGAAAUAAAAGGGAGAGAUUUGUGCACUUGAUCUCCAGAAUUAUACCAGUUGAUGUCUACGGUGGAAGAGGCAAAAGGACGCCACCGGGACGGGAUGCCUUGCAAUGGAUCUCUGAGAACUACAAAUUCUACCUGGCCUUCGAAAAUUCCAAUUGUAAAUAUUACAUAACAGAGAAGGUGGCUGGCAACGCUUACAGAAACGGGAUGGUUCCCAUCGUACUGGGCGCUUACAAGGAGGAAUACGAGAGUGUCCUCCCACCGCAUUCCUUUAUCAACAUGGAUGACUUCAACUCGAUUAGCAAACUGGCAGGAUACCUGCAGUACUUAGACAGAAAUGACACUGCUUAUGCAGAGUAUUUUGCCUGGAAGGAGUACGGCGAAAUCUACAUCGAAAAGAGGCUGGACUGCCGACUCUGUGGUUUUAUGCACCGGCUUAAUGCAGGACUAGUGAAACUGACCAAGUACUCACCGAGCCAAUUCAUGGAUCCCCGGAGCCUAUGCUUCCAGCGACAGUUGCCGUCUCUUGUAUGA